CUGCACGUUUACCACCAUAUUCACAACGAUGAUAUCGAGUGUAAAGCUCUUUUUCAGAGUAAGCGCAAAGACGACUCCUUAGGAUCCUCGGCAGAGUCGAGUCGCAAACGCAGACGAUCGGACGCAAAUUUGCAGUUCGCCGUACCCCAGAACGACAAGCUGCUUCCGCAGUCAGAGGAGGUAAGAGUACCGAGACAGGGUCGAAAUGUACAUGAAAGCAAACAACAGCUGGUCGUCAAGGCUCCCACAGAGCAAUAUACGACGUGCGACUGUGACACAAAGUACAAGCAGCUGGUCGUCGACCUACAACAGCAGUGGGUGAUGGAAUAUAAGCAGGAUCGCGAGAAGUGCCUAGCGGAUUUGGCUGAGAAGCUCCAUCGAGACUUCGUCAGCGAUCAGGAACGAUUACGCUCAGAGAUGCUUACCCAGUUCAAACAAGAACUUGAAACGACGAAGAAAGACUUAGACAUCAGAUAUGCUCAGCAGCUGAAAUACGAAAUCCAGAAGUUAAUCGAUAAGCACAAGAAACAGAUUUCAGAGACGAAGAAAAAACAGUGGGUAAGGCGGUAUGAUAGUUGUGAGGCGCUGGUUGAGCAUUGUUUCGAUAAAUAA